AUGGCCCUCUAUACUGAUCUCUUUCCGUACGCCAUCGUCGUGCCUGUCAUGCCCUUUGCCCUCAAAGAGCGCGCUGGCGUGCCACAUGAGGACGUGCAGUCCUGGAUAGCCAUUUCGCUGGCGACCUUUGGUGCCUCGAUCCUCGUCUUUUCACCGGUUUGGGGUUAUCUUGCCGAUCGGACUCAAAACCGACGAACGCCGAUGAUGGCAGGCCUCCUCCUCCUCGGGGCAUCCACCCUGCUUCUCACAUUCAUGCACAACUUCGCCAUGAUGGUGGCCGGCCGCGUGUUUCAGGGUAUGACCGCCGCCUUGACUUGGUCCGUCGGCCUGGCUCUCAUCGUCGAUACGGUGAGCCCCGGCAUCCUUGGACAGGUCAUGGGCUGGGUCGGCGUUGUUACAACCUGGGCCGAGCUCUCGGCGCCACUGCUAGGCGGCGUCACGUUCAGCCGGGGCGGAUGGUAUUCGGUGUGGGGCAUGUGCCUUGGCCUCAUCUUGGUAGAUAUUUUGCUGCGGGCGGUGAUUAUCGAGAAGAAAGACGCCAAGAACAUCGAUACUUCGGAAGGCAACAGGACCGACGACGAAAAGAGGCUCCCGGCAACAGAACACCACGACCAACCGCCGGAGCCGACAAGGACCAAGAAGGUGGGGACCAAGAACAUAAAGCGUUUAUUCAAGAAUCCUCGGCUUCUCGCAGCACUCUGGGGGUGCAUCAUUGAGUCCACCGUCCCGACGGCUUUUGACGCCGUUCUUCCACUUGAAGUCGAGAAGCUGUUCGGUUGGGGCUCUUUUGAAGCGGGCUUCAUCUUCGCCCCAUUUGUGAUACCCAUUUUCUUUGCUCCCAUUUUUGGAUGGCUGGCCGAUCGACACGGGCCCAAGUGGUUCACCGCGGUUGGCUUCUUCGUCGCGACGCCCUUCCUCGCGUGCCUGCGCCUCGUCACCGAGGACACCUGGGCGCACAAGGCGCUUCUUUGCGGGCUGCUCGCUGGUGCCGGCCUCGGCUUUUCUUCUACCAUGGGACCUCUGAUGGCGGAGAUUACGUGGUCUAUCAAAGUAGACAAGGAAAUGUCAGACGACGAGCCGGAGCCGAUUGCACUCGCAUAUGCUUUGUACAGCGUCGCCUUCAGCGCCGGCACGAUCCUCGGGCCGCUCCUGGCGGGAUACCUCCGGAAAUCGGCGGGUUGGGGAGCCGUGGGCCCGACUCUUGCGGCUCUGACCCUAUUUACCGGAGUAACAUCAAUACUAUGGAUAGGAGGGUCACUGAAGAGGGACCGGAACAGCGUCAGUCACGCCGAGGGCGUGGAGGAAGCCGAAGUCAAGGGGCACGGCGAUGGCCUGAGAUAG